GGCCAAUACCUUCGCCUGGAUCGGUGGCUCCAACUGGUGGCUAUGGCAACUUCCAUCCUGGAGCAUCCAGAGCAGCACAGCGGGGUCAAGCGGCCCUACCAAGAGAUGAGCGGCAGGAGAUAGGACAAGGUUGUGACGAGGGCACCACCUAUGAUGGAACGGGGUUCAGUGCACGAGGCAGUGACUUCAUCGAGGGUGGCAGGAUGACGGGCUAUGAUCUCCGCCUGCAUGGAUGCGGACGAAGGGGUGAGGUCGAUCUUGACCCUGGCCGAGAAGCGAGGGAGCAAGCACAA